GGCCCUCGGGCCGCUGACCUCCCCGUGUGCUGUAGACAUGGCUGGAAGCAGUGAGAGCGCUAGCAGCAAGGUGCCGGAAUAUGAGGUGCCCGAUUUGCACACUCGCGUGUUUCACGUGGGCUCCUUGGGCGCGCUCUGGAAGGAGACCCUGCAAAGGGCGGACCUGGCUUUGCAGGAGCCGGUGGCGGAGGACGGGGCUGCUGCCGUGGCCGAGGGUUUGGGCUGCCCGCUGGAGACAGCCGCAGAGCUUGGGGCUGUGUGCAGUAUUGACAUGUUAAAGUCCCCGGAUAAGAAAGAAGAUCCAGAGAUUAUUUUGGAAGACAGCGACCUUGUAACUCUUCGAAUUAGAAAGAAGGCCCUGGAGAGGCGAGAAGAAACCAUAAUUGUAGAUCGUGCUUGCAGACAAGAAACAUUUACUUACGAGAUGGAGUCUCAUGCAAUUGGAAAGAGGCCGAAAGAUCCAGCAGAUCUAAUUGAGGAAGGAGAGCUUCUCCUAACUCUGAACAUCUUCUAUCCUGUCAUAUUUCAGAAGCAUAAAGAUCACAAACCUUAUCAGACAGUUCUUGUGUUGGGCUGUCAAAAACUCACUGAGCUCAGAGACUCCAUUUCCUGUGUCAGCGAUCUUCAGAUCGGUGGUGAAUUCAGCAGCCACCCUGACCACGCACCAGAGCACAUUAGCAAGGAUCUCUACAAAUCUGCGUACUUUUAUUUUGAAGGUGUUUUUUACAAUGAUAAAAGACACUCGGAGUGCAGAGAUCUGAGCAGAACCGUUAUUGAGUGGGCAGAAUCUCAUGACCGAGGCUAUGAGAACCUUCAGACUGCUAAAAUGGAAGACUACACAUUUAAUGACUUGUCCAUCAAAGUUGGUUUUCCAUACCUCUUCUGUCACCAAGGAGAUUGUGAGCAUAUAAUUAUCAUCACAGACAUAAGGCUUGUUCAUCAGGAUGACUGUCUGGAUAGGACACUGUAUCCCUUGCUAAUCAAGAAGCAUUGGUUGUGGACCAGGAAAUGCUUUGUGUGCAAAAUGUAUACAGCCAGGUGGGUGACCAAUGAGGACAGCCUUGCUCCAGAGGACCCCUGUUUCUUCUGUGAUGUUUGUUUUCGAAUGCUCCAUUAUGAUGCAGAAGGCAAUAAACUGGGAGAAUUCCUUGCUUAUCCUUAUGUUGACCCAGGGACUUUCAACUAACGCUUCAACAAGAAUGAAUGUAGUGAACUGGAUCUGUGGAUCUGCUGGUGUGGCAGCUGGUUGGUUCUGGACAGCUGUAGUCUGAAAGACUGCUGGGGUUUGGGUUAUGCUAUCGUUACUUUGUUCAGAGCGGGUUGUUGGUAAACCAGAAAGAGAGCAUUUAUUUUUACACUGGAUUAGCGUGCAGAAAAUACCGCCAGACACUAAUUUUAUUAAAUUUUCAUAGUUAAAAUGAAAACAGUACUUUUUAUACAAGUGCCUCAGCACAUUAUAUGUGGGACUAUAGACUUCUAGGCAGAGAGACUGACACUUUUAUAAAGGGUCCUGAACAAAAGAAAUCUGAACUUUAAAAGAUGAGCAACUUUGGCUUCCGUUAAUUUCAAAGGAUGCUCCAUUUGACUUGUAGGCACCCUGAUUUGAAAAUUUGUGUCGCAGUCCCCUCUGAACAAGGUCAAAUGACUUUCAUUAUCUCUGGUUUGGAUGACUGCCAUCAGUCAAGAGGAAAGAAUACUGCCUAUGAAACCAGUCACAGAGUGCUAAUGUAUUUCUAGGUCUUUUGCACCAAACAAUGGCUACUUGUUUACUUCCACACAUUUUCCUUUCUUCUUUCUCUCUGUGAGGGAAUAGCCAUUUGUGAAGGUUGCAUUUUAGCAAUGCACAGUGUCACACAUUUCAAAUUAAUUUUACAUUUAUUUCAAUUCCUAUGCUUGAGUUCAUCUACUCAGUUGUUAUUUAAAGUUCAUAAUGAGCAUUAUUGGUUGCAAGUGCAUCUUUGCUAUUUUAAUAUGCUUGACUUCUCUUUAUUUCAAACUGAAUAAAGACCAAAUUAAAAUGUGA